AAGAGAAAGCAUUUGAUUCUAAAUUACAAGGAUCUAAAUGAAAUCUCAUCUGUUGUUCUGUAUGACACCGCCAGAAAAGGUAAAGGGAAAUUUUUUGAAGUGGAUAGGCUCAUUGAGAAGAGGAAAGUUGGUUAUGUGAGCACAACAUGUCAGAACGAAAUGAUUUAUUUGAUUUUCUGUUAUUUUUUGGGAUGAGCCUAAGACAUGUCUGUUCUUUCAUGGUCAGAAUAAGGAGUAUCUUGUGAAAUGGAAAGGGCGGCCACUGCAAGCCUUCAGUUGGGAGCCAGAAGAUCACCUCACACCAGCCUUAUUACGGUGAAUGUUUGCCUUAUAUAACUGAUUGAGUUACUUCAAUGUACUUGUUCUCAAUCUUUUCUUUCCCUUUUUUCACUGAAAUUGCCAUGUACAACCGUUAAUGUAAUAGAGAAAUAAAUGCAAUUUUACCAUCCAAACUUGCUGUUUUCUUUCAUUCCAAAAUUCAGAACUUAUGAAAAGCCUCUCGAGCUGGAUAGCUACCGGUUAGAGAUGGCUGGAAGAAACUUUUACCAUGCCAUGCUAACAAGUGUUAAAGGGAAGUCUUCUGCCCCUGUAGAUUUACAAAUUGACUUUGAUGUGCAGAGGUAUUUAUGGGGAGAUAGAGGGGUUGUAUCUGAACACCCUGGAUACAAACUUUUACAACAAAGAAGACUUCUUGCAUUUUACCUCCCUUCCUGA